GUCACUGUGGAGUGAGACCUGCAGACAAACAGCGCUGGAGCCAUGAGCCAGACAGCUAAGGAGCUGUUAAUCAUCUAUGAGACAGAGGCAGAGCAAUGGGCCACCUACCUGCACUCAGUCUUCACUGGUCCCAUCUCAGAGGCCGGAAUCUGCUGCUAUGACAUCGCCACCACGCUGGUGGGACGACGUACUGAUGACUUCCUCUGGCUGGCCCAGUACACCUGCAAGCUCCUGAUCCUCUCCAAAGGCAUGCUGGAGGGUCUGUGUCAGAUGCAGCGCUUCUUCCUGUCCCGCGUUUUGAGUCCCUCAGCCCACGUGGUGGUGCUUUUAUGUGGCGUGGAGAGUCUGACCCCUCUGCUUGAGCUGGUGCCUCUGAACGGAGAUGAGUGCCUGCAGAUCUCAAGUGAACAAGAUGCUCAUGAAUACCUGUCGGCUGUCACUGACAUUGUGGCAAAAGGCGUGUCAGCUUCAGCAGCAAAUGUCAGCCCUUUGACGCGUAAACCAUCAAGAUCAGAGCAAAAUACGGAACAAGAACAGUCGAGUGGAGCCCACAGCCUCAGAUCCAGCAUGCUGGUGGUACCCUCCAGAGUUACAUGCGGGAGCUCCACAGAAGUGUUCAUUCUUUUGAAAAAUGAGGUGGCUGGCAGCGACACCGAGGUUGAGUUCACUGGUGAAAAUCAGACUCGGAGAGUGAAGCCUGUCCUCUGGAACAAGCACAUCCUGUGCAUCAAUGCACCGGAUUUUCCUGCAGGGAAAGUCGGAGUGACCAUGUACAGUAAUGGAGCACCAAUGACUAAGGCACAGAUGCAAUACUACACCAACAUGGAGGAAAUAACCUGCCUUCUGGCGAGGGCUGCAGACCCUGUGGAUUUUAUGUGUCAGGCUUUUCAGGAGAUGUCUGUGGAGAGGCUGGAUCAGAAGUUGUCCUCUAUGCUGCUGGAAGGAAUGCCCACCGGAGGAUUUCAGGGACUGAAGUUUGACAACACAUAUGAAAGAGAACUCCACCGUGCAGAUGUACCCUCACUCCUCCACUUUGCGUCCCACUAUGGACUAAAGAGCGUCUCCAGCCUCCUCCUGCAGUGUCCGGGUGCCGAGCGAGCCCUGCACACAGCAAACCGCCACGGACAGACUCCAGCUGAAAUCGCCAAGAGUCAAGGCCAUACAGAGCUGCACGUCUUAUUGAAGGAAACACUGAAUAUGUACAACUCAAGCGAGGACAAUGGCGACGCCAGCGUGUAUGAAAUGAUGUGCACUGCAGGGACUCCCUCCAUGGCAGAUGUGCAGAAAGAGCAAGAAGAGGAGAAGGAAAAGGAGGAGGAUGAUGUCUACGCACUACUGGGGGUGAAUGAUGAAUAUGACACCAUACUGAACUCAACAAAAGCUGUUGUUAUCACCAAUCGCCCACCAGCACCCACUCCUCGGCCUGAGAGCACCCAGGUGAAGGAAGACAGAACCCCAUACAUUGCUAAAGUGUUCCAGAAGAAGACACAACAGGCUGAAGCUGAUCUGUAUUCACUUCCUACCAAACAAGCUCGCAGUCGAGAAGGAAGCGUCUCCUCCACCUAUGACACCUUCGUGCCGAACCAGAGGAACGCGCUUCAGCAGCUCAUUGAGCUCCAGCAGAGGGUGAAGGCGGGUUCACUCUCUGUGGACGGGAAUCUGGAGCGCUCCAGCGACCUGCAGCGGGGCCAGAAGGGGGUGGAUAAUAUGAAGCAGGAGAAGUCCAGUCAGCUGAAAGCCGGUACCAUAAACACCAGAAAGGAUGAGGAUGAUGUGUACGAUAAAAUCAACAUCGUCCAUCAAACGCCAAGUGUCGCAGUGAAUGGAGGUCGAAGAGGAAGCCAAGCAGCAGAGUCAGAUUUUUACAGCAAACCCCUUAAAGGACAACAAUCAGAUUUCUUUUCCAAAGCUGACAGCCAAUGAAGGCCCAGUCACUCAACAAGGAUUUUAUUCUUCAGUUAAUCAAGAAAAAUAAUUACAGGUUACUGAACUUAUAUAACAGAGAAAAAAUUAG